AUGACAUCCCCCCAUUCAUCACAGGGCUCUUCGCUAGCGCUAGAUCCGCUCAGAGCCUCUCUAGGGAAGCGCCCCUUGGCAACAAUUAAUGACGACGGGGACGAUGAGAAUCGUCGGAAAGAUCCAAAAAUCACGAGGGCUUGUGAUACCUGCAAGAGAAAGAAGAUCCGCUGUGAUGGUACACUUCCAUGCAGGAAUUGCGCGAAAAGAAAGCUUCAUUGUUUUUACAACGCCAAAUAUAAUCGGGGUCGGCCUCCUACUCCACCACCUUCCACGACGAUCACUGAGCAGCAGGCCGGAGGGCAAAUUCAUCGCUCAGAGCAGCCUUCUACUCGACAGCAUUCAGGGCCACCUGCGCAUCAUGCCCCCGAAACCCAAGUUCAAUCUCGCGCGUCACCAGAGGUCGAAAUUGAGGGGCAAUAUUCUGACCCUACAUCUGGAUUGAACUUCUUGCAUAGAGCAUGGAAGAAACUGUCGACACAAAACGACGAAUCAGCACUGUGCCACUUGAACAACGCGGGAAGAGACCAACUGCUCAACUCAGCCGGAGAUCCCCCAUUUCAUGUCGAUGAUACAGCUCUAGACGAUGUGAUACCAAUUGCCUCCGUGGCGAGAGAAUUGCAAGAGUUCUAUUUUGAAACGUGUGUGGUGACGUACCGUAUGUUCCAUCGACAAGUCGUAGAAGGUUGGAUGGACAUAUUCUUGAACAAUCGACAAGGACGGCGGCCGAUUACCCGUUCGCUAGGAAAUCCUAGGACUGCAAUCCUGCUUACUAUAAUGGCUAUCGCCUCUCUACGCCGUGAUAAAAUCAAUGGAGAAAGCUCACAAGAUAACGACGUGAAUGGCUUACGCAGAAGUGAUCGGUUGUUCUGCGCAGGCAUGAAAUUGACUGACAUGGAGAUGGGGUUCCCACGACUCGAAUCCGCGCAGGCGCGGAUCAUCCAAGUUCUAUAUCUUCUUCAAACGGCUCGUAUGAACAAAGCGUGGUAUACAUUUGGUAAUGCGUUUCAUGUAACUCUCUCCCUCGGCAUGCACAGGCGACGAGACCAGAGGAGAGACUUCCCUUUCACGGGGCGGCCCCAUAACUACAUCAUCUCAGAAUGCCACAAACGCACAUUUUGGGUGGCUUAUAUCGUUGACACUUAUUUGAGCGUUGUGUUCGGCCGGCCCCGACUUUUCCAAGAUGAGGAUAUCGACAAGGAGCUCCCUGACAUGGUCAAUGACGAGGACAUGAAUCCGCAAGGGCCUUCCAUUACAGAUGAUUCAGGUGAUUGCUAUAUUGAUGCCUUGAUACUUCAUGCCAAAAUUGCGCAAAUCAUCGGGAAGGUAUCACGGGAGGUAUACUCAAUUAGCGACUUGCCCAACCAAGAUCGUUUGGCAGCUGCGCAACGGUUGUGUCAAGACUUGCAUGAAUGGUGGGCCAGCCUGCCACCACACUUGGGUACAGUAAGACCAUCCACCUUAAUACCCAGUUUCCGGCGCCAAGCCAUUGCUAUGCGGCUGGCAUACUUCCAUGCUCUCAUUCAUGCCAAUCGACCUUUCCUUCUGAGUGAAGGAGCAUACGAAAACGUUGCGAAAUGCAUAACUGCCGCACAGAACAGUCUAGAGCUUCUCAAUAGAAUGGCCGAGGAUAGUACGUUAUUUCAUUCUUUCUGGUGGACCGAUUAUGUGAUCUUCUGCGCGUUGGCUGUUGUGUAUGUUUGGGAGAUCCAGCGAUUGACCCGAAGCAUAUAUGGCAAUGAUGACCAGUCUUUGAGCAAGCUAUUUGAUCUCGCAGAGAAAUGCCACGGCUAUCUGAAGCGAGCAUCAACAAGUGUAUCACAAAACCAACGAUACAGCGUUAUACUUGAUGAGCUACGAUUUGAAGCGCAGAGAUGCCGGACUGCGAGGGAAAAUCUUCAAAAUCGCCACCCAGGUAAUCUCCAUGGUGCCGAAGGCCUUGUUCCAGAUAUUAGCCUCGCAUUUCCACAGGACACGGAAAGUUGCAGCCCUCACACAGCAUUUCUGCUUCAGGAGGAAAACAUUCCCAGUGUGCUAGAGAAUCUCCAAUUUAGUGAUUGGCAGAUGCUUGACUCAUCGGUAUGUAUUGUGUGUGCCAGCCUUUUGCAGCAAGCUAAACUUACCCCAAGGCCUUCUUGCCAUUAUUCGAUACAAACUACGUCUCUCCGACAAACUUUCCUGGAAUUGAAUGACUUCAUCGUGUCUGGUGACCAGUAG